CUUUGAACUCAACCCUAGUUGUAGCUUGAACUUUAACUUCGGGGGGACCUGGCAAAAGGUUCCUGCUACCGCAAACCAACUGCAACCGGUGUUCAAACGUUAACCGGGCAUUCGCGUUCAUAUCUAUGGCUUUUCGCCUACCUUCAGCAUAUCAAUAUUCAUUUCCAGGGCAUUUUUGACCGUUCGCCUUCAUGCCUGCUUCUGUGUGGUCUCACAUGAGGCUACAUAAUCCCAGUCUCUUGGCUGAUCGGAUGCCCGCGAACUGUCUGAUUCCCGAAACACUGGAGAAUGCCCUACGAUUUUUGGUGGGUUUCCUCCACCCUCCUAAGCUCCUCCUGUACAUAUAUUUUUGACAGGAAGCUAGAUUCAGACUUAUAUGCACACGUCAAGGCGUCUGGACGUCCACAAGGGACGACUCACGAGCUGCUGCAGAACUGCAUAUAUCCCGUACCCGCGAAUUCCAGCAACAAUGCCACUGCAUCGGGUGUUUCGCAGUCUCGUGCCCAGCCGAAGACUACUCACUGUGCAUCGGCUUCUUGUGACCCGCGUUUCAAGGACUCGUUUUCAAGCAGUGUCUCGUCACCACCGAGUUCUGGGACACCUGUUGCUCAACAUGAUGUUCAAAGUGCGGCUAGGCAGACUUGGUGCAAUGGUUCCAGUGAUUCGGCCAACCAUUUGUACGCAAUCGUACCACAAUUGCCUAGGACAAUGCGGCACGCGACAGACCAAUCCCCUGCUGCGCUCUUGCAUGUACAUGGGGAAUCGCAGUACAAUGUCCAACAUCAUCAUCGUCGGGGGAAUACAUCACAUGGACAACAACUUCCUACCAACAAUUUUGAUGCAUCGGAACCGCAAAUCCAAUGCCUGUGGAAUGACACCCAAGGCCAGUGCGGUUUUACUGCGGAUACGGUCACGACCGUGCUAAAGCACAUAUCAUCGCACCAUCUCUGUGAGCAUCAGGAGCACGACAGCCAGGUGCAAUGUCGGUGUAGGGGCUGCCUGCUCCGGAGGACCAUAAGGCGAGACACAAUUCUCAGGCACAUCCGUGAAAUACACUACGGUGACAAAUUUCGCCGCAAAUACUUACCAUGAUUUCCGUCUGCACUUGAAAGACUGAUUACUUGGGUUGCGCAAUGUAGGAAGCAGCCCUCUAUUGUGCCUUCCGACGCUAUAUCAUUCCUGCUAUCGCUCUGCUCAUGGUUAGUACGUAUGUCUUGGUAUGAUUUCCCGUUCUUCGAAGUUUGUUCGUAAAUUCCAUACAACUCUUCAUCGUGACAUUUUUAUUCCAGCAUGUAGAAUACCAGUUGCAUACUAUCGGUUACCACAACUUCGGACAAACACUGGUUCGGACACUUUACAAUAUCUCACUCAACUCUACUUCAAAUCAUAUUCUGAUUCUGCUUGACCACAUAUCAUUGUACACUUGUAAUACAUUAUUGC